CAAACAAAUUUGCGGUGUUCGGUUCAUUAUGUAUCCUGAUGAUGCAAAUUUAUAUUAUAAAUCGUGAUGAAUAUUAAAAUUAUUCCAAUGGUGGAUUAAUUAGAACAAAGUUGAACAUGCCUUUCUCCAAAACUGCAAUAUCUCUUCUGUGCGUGUUGUUAUUACUUUCAAUAUUUGUGACGAAUUUGCUUAACAGUAUUGCGACGAAUCACAGUUACUCUGAAAACCAAAGAGAAGGCGAAAAUUUCACCAAAUACUUGGCUGAUAAAUACGGACGCAUAACAGACGCAAAGAAAAAUUUAAUUUGGUUUAUGCAAAUAUCGGACAUCCACUUAAGUAUAUUUAGGGAUCCAGGGAGAAUAUCACAGUUUCAGCAAUUUUGUGAUAAUACUGUGAAAAAAAUUAAACCAGCAAUUGUGCUGGCAACUGGGGACUUGACUGAUGCUAAAGCCAAAGACAACCUAGGCAGCUCCCAGGUUAAGACGGAAUGGAUUUAUUACCACAAUAUUAUUAAAGAAUCAAGAGUCACAGAAGAAACUGUUUGGUUAGACAUAAGAGGCAAUCAUGAUAAUUUUAACAUUAGAACAUUGAACUCACAAGAAAAUUUCUUCAGAAACUUUUCAGUUCAGGGAAAAACAUAUCCUAAAUCGUAUGUGCAUUUUGAAGAGAAAAAUGGUGUAAGGGUUGCAUUUAUUGGCAUUGAUGCAUGCCCAGAGCCUGGUUUGAGGAGACCAUUCAACUUUGUUGGUAUUCUUGACAGUCAAGAGCAACAACAAAUAAGAACAUUACAAGCAGAGGCAAAUGCAAAAGCUGAUCACAUUGUAUGGUUUGGGCACUACCCUACAUCAUGCAUCCUAUCACUUGACACAGGUGCUGACAAGCUGGAUUUAAGGACACUGAUAGGUAACAGCAAAGGCUCUCAAGUAUAUGUGUGUGGGCAUCUGCACACUAUGGCUGGCCGUGUUCCUAAAAUGUACACAAGGCAUAGGAAAGGAUACAUGGAAAUUGAAUUAGGAGAUUGGAAGGACAACAGAAUGUAUCGUCUUGCAGCCAUAGAUCAUGGUAUAUUCUCAUUUGUAGAUCAGAAACAUAACACAUGGCCUCUUGUGUUGGUCACAAACCCAAAACAUGCAAAAUAUACUUUGCCUGGAAGAGAACCCCUGCAACUGAUACCGGAUUCAACUCAUUUAAGGAUCCUUGCAUUUAGUGAUGUCAACAUUGACACUGUUCAAAUAUCAUUUGACAAAAUUAGCUGGAUGAAUUGUAAACAGUCAGAAGGACCUCUUUAUGUCUGUCCAUGGCUGCCGCACUUGUUUUUACGAGAUAUCAAUUAUCUCUAUGUGACAGUCAGUGAUGAGUUGGGAAAAGAGGCAUUUGUUGAACAUCCAUUUUCUAUGGAUGGUUCCACAUUGAAUUUCGACAUAUUGGCGAGAAUACUCCUUAUGCUUGAUGCACGAGUAGUGUUCCAGGCCAUAUUUGGAAGUCUGCUUUUGAUGAAUGUUUUACCCUUAGUGUAUUUACGGUGGCAGAAGCAACCACCGACAUGUCGAAGAAGAUUGACCCGUUAUCUGCUGAGAAGCCUAUGGCUCCUGAGUAAAAUUGACAAAAUAUACUAUCCAAUCGUUCUAUAUGCAGUUUACGUGUCACUCGGACCGUGGGCGGUCGGGGAGCUAAUCGAUGGACACGUGGGCGUAGUAUUCGCCUGGGGGAUAUUGAUAAAAGGAACAUUUUUGCCUGAGCCGUUCACUUAUAUGUAUGGAGGAGUACAGCUACUGUUUAUACAAAUCCCUCUUAUAUUUGUGUUAUCGCACACAUUACAGAAACGACUUUAUAGUUCAUAUUCUAGAGGUUUAAAAAGAUUGAUUGAGAAUCUACCAUUCAUUCUGCUACUCUCAGUUCAGUUGUUGUUGGCAUACUUCUUUUGGUUAGAAUAUGGAAGCCUGGCGUUUAUAUUUGGACCUCUCAGAACAUGGAGUGUUUUACUAAGUAUUGCAUUGUGGUACAAAGUCUUAACACUACCUCCCGAACACUGCAGAAAACUUGUACACAUGAAUGAGCACACGCCAGCGUAAUGUUGUCUUCGUGUGAAGAUAUCGGAUAAGGCAAUUAAUAAAUCAUUUUAUAAGAGAGCGGCCGCUAAUAGAAAAGGUAUUUCUUAAUUGCGCAGACUUACUGUAGGUAAACUAUUCGUUUUAAACCAAAUUAUAUUUUUAAAAAUAUUCGGUGUGGUCUCUGAGAAAAAUAUCGUCUGUGUUUUAGUAUUAGUAUUCAAUGUAACUAGAGAAAGCGAUUUCGCUUAUAGACUCAAACUGUUUCAAGCAACGUCAAUCGAUGAUUUAAUACCUAAAUAACGAAGAGGGCUUGUCAUAUUGCCGUUUUAGAGCUUGGUAGCCUUUGUCUAGUAUUGCAUGACUAUUUACUGUAUAUUGUUCAUGGGCUGCAUAUUAGACCGAUUGCUGACGACGCUAUCGUCAACGACAGUUUCUAGUCAAUUAUAGUGGCGAUCCGUCCAUCAGAAAAGUAAAGCCACGCCUCAAUAAGGUGUAGACUCGACACGUCUUAGGAACAUGUACAUUUUGGAUCAACUGUAGACCUGCUGACUUAUAAAUAAGCCCUUGCCACUGGAGAGUAGCAAUCCCCGAAUUCGUACCUACUGAGGUCUUCAGGUUUCGCGGCUAACGCCGUAACAUCUCUUUAUUCCCUGUGAAACAGUAGGCGCCACAGACCAUAAUAUAAGUAAUAAUAAUUUCAGCAUAUAUACGCCCCAGUGCUGAGCACAGGCCUCCUCCUAGGCGCGAGAGGGCUUAGCCUAUAGUCCCCACGCUAGCCCAAUGCGGAUUGGGGGCUUCACAUACUCCUUCGCCGAUGGAUGCAGGUUUCCUCACGAUGUUUCCUUCACCGAAAAGCUAAAUGGUAUUUCGUACAGUUCCGAAAAACUCAUUGGUACGAACCAGGAUCACCAUACUCUGAAAUAUUUCAUAAAUAAAUUUUAUGUUUUUUAGUUGCAAACUGCUUUAAAAAAUAUGCUCUCAUCAAAAAUAAAGAUCGUCGUUCGUUCGUUCGUCGCGCGGUGUCGCAGGAAAAGGAGAGGCUAUUAAAAGCAGUUUUAAUAAUAACUUAAUAACGGUUUUUGGAAUCAAACCGAAAUGCUGAUAGUGUUUCACGUCAUGUACGUGAAGUACACGAAACCGGUAUUAAAAUAUAAUUGGUAUCCGCAACUUUUCAGAAAAGUGUACCUACCAUUAACUUUUUUUUAGAAAAACUAAAGCUCUGAAUCUUAUUUCUUUCCUUUUUAAAUCGAUAGAUCUCGUAAUUCUGAGUAGAAACAACCUGAAAGUUGAAAUUGCUGGAAUAUUUUCUUGAAUAUCUAGGUAAAAUCCCCUUUAGGCGUGGUUUAAUAACGGAAGUUUAAAAAUAUACCGUAUUGCACAAAACGCUGAGCUAAACUGGGAAUCAAAUCUUCAACGGUUAAGGGACCCGUGGGUGAAUAACUUAACCAUUAGUAACCACCAUUUAUUAAAUUAAAUAAUUGAACACAUUCCAAAUGAGUUAUCAGUAAUGACUUGAUGACUCAUCACUCUCGUCACAUACCUUAUUAGAAUAAUUUACUUUUACUAUCGUAGGUUACUUUUUCUUAGGUACGCAGUAGGUAUUUUUCUGCAAAAUUUUAGCACGCUUAUAUUUUAACCGAUAAAAGGUCAAACCUUUUUAUAUAAUUACCUAUUAUUAGUUAGGUACCUACCAACAAAGAGGUUAUUAGGUAUGUGCUCUUGUUAAGUAGCUAAUAGAGAUCUUUUUAUGGCAUAACUGGUCAUAUUUAAUUCCUAAAUGCAUGCCCCAGUCAUUAAAGUCUCACGCUUUAGCAGAGUAAUUAAACGUAUAGUUGCUCAAACAACCAAAGAACAUUAGAAACAUCUGAAAAUUUGAUCUUCUUUAGAUAAUAAUGGUUGAACUUCUCAUUACCUCCACUAAAGAAAUGUAUAUGUCGUAGUCAGAUCGUAUAAUCCGCCGUAUUACAUUACGGCUAGCCGUUUUCAAAAACAGGGGCGUUUUGAAAUGCGGCGGUUCGACGAUUAGCCGGAUUGUCACUGCGAUACGUUCUUCAAUAAGGCGGCCCACGUUUAGCCGCAUCGUACAUUGUAGAGUGACCAGUUCUUUCGGUCGCCUACGUAACCGGAGUUUGACAAUGUUUGCAAUUUAAUUUAUUUCUACCAUGGUCCCACCGCACUACAUGUGUUUCUUUUCCAAAACAUUUCCUUCACAACUUAAAUAGACGGAGCCCCGCAAGCGGGGCUCCUAUUUCUGGGCGGUUUGCCCUUCGGGCAUCUGAAGUUACCUAACGAACCUAACCUAAUUACCUACCUACGCUUUUUUCCCCAAAGUGUAAUGUUUUCACGGACGUCUCACUUAAUCAACAGGUAGGUAGGUUAGGUUCGUUAGGUAGCUUCAGAUGCCCGAAGGGCAAACCGCUCAGAAAUAGGAGCCCCACGGUCUAGUUAAGUUGCGAAGGAAAUUUUUUUUUGAAAAGAAACAGUCCGACAAGCUCCAGAUUUGAUGGACACCCCAGCGUUUGUCAGGCAGCGCCACGAGUGUUAAAAAUGGGAACUAAAAACUGUCAAAGCGGCGGCUAAUGACUCGCUGUAUUACAUUACGGCUAGCCGUGUUGAAGAACGUAUGGCGCCGAAUACAUUCCGGCGGAUUCUCAUUCAGCCGCAUUCAAUACGGCUAAUCGUUAAACCGCCGCAUUUCAAAACGCCCCUGUUUUUGAAAACGGCUAGCCGUAAUGUAAUACGGCGGAUUAUACGAUCCGACUGCGACAUAUACGUACGUAAGCUUUACACACAUUAAGUUUAAAUAUAGCUUACUCAAGUGGACGUUGUAAGUGGUUUUAUCUGACAGGUUUGAAGUCUAGUUCUAGGGUUUAUUUUUCCUGUAACGUUUCACUUCGUUAACAAGAAAUUUAUUUAAUACUUUUUGUUUCUUUUUUUCCUCGAAACCCGGAGUAUGAACUCGGAAGGUUCACCUGUCAGUUCCAACCAGUACCUACCAAUUCACGAAUUCAUUUGCAGUGCUUACCUGGGCUAUAACCGCGAAAAUCGAAGUUCGCAAAUUGCGGGGAUCUUUCUCUUUUACUCCAAUGACGGCGUAAUUAGAGGGACAGAGAAAAAUCCCCGCAAUUUGCGAAUUUUGGUUUUCGCGGUAGCCCCUCUGUGUAGGGCUUCGUGCGCUUAAUUAAUAACCUAAUUGAUAUUAAUUAAUUGUGAAAACAUUGUGAAUUAGUCUUAAUAAAUUGUUGGUUAAUAUGUUUACUAUUGCCAAAGAACUUCGUCUGCUUA